CUUUCCUUAAAGCCAAGGUAUGCCAGAGGUGAUGCACUGAUGCUGAGGAGGCAUCAACAGCUAUGGGACUCUAAUCCUCACACAUGUAAGCACUGACAGUGUCUGCAAAGAGAGACCGUGAGACGCUGAAACAGAGUUUAGCUGCUGUUCAGCAGGUUGCCUGCUCACUAAGGCUCAGAUUGCACUGUUCCCUAAGCACAAAACAUGAACCUGUCCCGAUGGAUUGAUUGGAGGACUCUGAAUAUGAGCAGUAGUGUUAUGAACAUAUCUGAGCACCUCUCCUGCCCUCUUGGAUUUGGUCACUACAAUGCAGUUGACAUCUGUAUCCUUGAGACAGUUGUUAUUGUAUUGCUAACAUUUUUAAUUAUUGCGGGUAACUUAACUGUGAUAUUUGUUUUCCACUGUGCUCCACUCCUGCAUCAUUAUACCACCAGCUACUUUAUUCAGACCAUGGCCUAUGCUGAUCUUUUUGUUGGAGUCAGCUGCUUGGUUCCUACUUUGUCACUGCUCCACUACUCAACAGGUGUCCACGAGUCCUUGACUUGUCAAGUUUUUGGAUACAUCAUCUGUGUGCUCAAAAGCGUUUCUAUGGCAUGUCUUGCUUGCAUCAGUGUGGAUCGCUAUCUCGCUAUAACAAAGCCUCUCUCCUAUAACCAACUGGUCACACCUUGUCGCUUGAGAAUCUGCAUCAGUCUGAUCUGGAUAUACUCUUGCCUGAUCUUCUUGCCUUCUUUUUUUGGUUGGGGAAAACCUGGUUACCAUGGAGAUAUUUUUGAAUGGUGUGCUACCUCCUGGCUAACUAAUGCCUACUUUACUGGCUUUAUCGUGUGCUUGCUGUACGCUCCUGCUGCCUUUGUCAUAUGUUUCACCUAUUUCCACAUCUUUAAAAUUUGCCGGCAGCACACCAAAGAGAUCAGUGAUCGGAGAGCUCGAUUUCCUAACCAUGAGGGGGAUGCUGCUGGGGAGACUGGGCACAGCCCUGACCGCCGCUAUGCCAUGGUUUUGUUCCGGAUAACCAGCGUGUUCUACGUGCUGUGGCUUCCUUAUAUCAUAUACUUUCUGCUGGAAAGCUCUAGGAUGCUGGAAAACCCAGCACUCUCCUUCCUAACUACAUGGCUUGCUAUAAGCAAUAGUUUCUGCAACUGUGUGAUAUAUAGCCUCUCCAACAGUGUUUUCAGGCUGGGACUACGGAGACUAUCGGAGACAAUAUGUUCAUCUUGUAUGUGUUCGAAAGACAGGGAUGUACGAGACCUUAAACCAAGGAAACGGGCUAAUUCCUGCUCCAUUUAA